AUGACCCAAGCACCUAACAGCACCUGCUUGCCGGGUAUCUUGGUGAGGGCUAGCAGCACCCUGAACCACUACCAGCACUACCUGUGGCCUGUGCUGACAGUUGAGUUUCUCGUGGCCGUGGUAGGCAAUGGCCUGGUCCUGUAUCGGUUCAGUUCCCAAGAACAGCGCCCCUGGCAUCCGGCCAUCGUCUUCUCAGCCCAGCUGGCCGUCAGUGACUUUCUCUACGCUCUCACCCUGCCUCCCCUGGUUUUCUAUUUAUAUCCCCCCAAACACUGGAGUUUUGGGGAGGCUGCCUGUCUGCUAGAGCGCUUCCUCUUUAACUGUAACCUCUACAGUGGCAUUUUUUUUAUCACUUGCAUAAGCCUCAACCGAUAUAUAGGCAUUGUCCACCCCUUCUUUGCCCAUGGCCAUGUGCGACCGAAGCAUGCCUGGGCAAUCAGCUUGGUUGGCUGGGGCCUUGUGGCUGCCCUGGCAGCACCUACCCUCAAGUUCUCACACCUUGUCUUGCCCGAAAAUGGCACAGAGGCACAUUGCCAUGUGAAUCAGACUGAGUCCUGUACUAAAUGCCUGGGAACUGCUGGAAAUGACCAUCUGCCUGACUACUGGGUCUACAGCCUGGUACUGGCAGUGCUGGGCUGCGGCCUACCCUUCCUGCUCACUCUCCUGGCCUACGGUGCCAUUUGCCAGGCCAUCCUUACCAACCCCAAUAUAACAAGGCCAGAGAAACUUAAGGUGGGAAUGCUAGUAGUGGGCGGGGUAGUCCUCUAUGCUGUGUCCUACAUCCCAUAUCACAUCAUGCUUGUCCUCAACAUCCGGGCCCGCCGCCAUUGGCUGGAACACUGCAGCAGCUUCUUAAAUGAGCUCCAGGCUGAGGCUGCUCUGGACAUUGGUUUGUACCUUGGCUACCAGGCAAGCAGGGUGCUUGUGCCUCUGGCCAUCUGCCUCCACCCAUUGCUCUAUACAGCUGUGGCCUCAAGCCUUCGAUGUUCAAGACUAUGUGGGGGGCCCAAGAAUGGAGAAACAUCCCUAAGGCAAAUAAGCUCUGCUAAAUCUUGA